AUGGGUGAAUAUGUCAUAGACACAGGAAUAGAUGUAACGAUGGAUUUUUGUGACUCUUUAGAAGAACCUAUAAUUCUAGGUCCAUUUUUUAAAGGAAUAGGAUUUGAUGCGGAUAAUUGCCCACCUGGUAUUGGUGUUUACGGAUCUGAAGGUUAUCAAAUACCAAUGGAGCAACUACCUGAUGGUUUUAUGCCUAACAAUUAUAAGAUUAUUCUUGACAUAUUUCAUGAGGAUCAAAAUUUAAUAAUUCUACAUUUAUUCAGCAAGCAGGGAGCUUACGACUUGAUUAUAGAGGAUGUCACCACUGCAGAAUACAGCGAGGAAUAUUUAAACGAACCUGAUAUCUAUGUGGACGAUAAUUUCAAAUUAGUUAUUAACCUUACAAUAGUAAAGCAGUUUCCAUCAACGACUGCAGGACGUCUUUCACUGAUGGGAGCAUCAAUGGGUGAAUAUGUUGUGGAUACCGGAAUCGAUGUAACAAUGAAUUUUUGUGAAUUCGUGGAAGAGCCUAUAGUAAUAGGUCCAUUAUUUCAAGCAAUAGGAUUCGAUCCAAAUCAUUGUCCACCUGAUGUUGGUGUCUAUGGAACUGAAAAUUAUGAACCAAUAACGGAAGGGAUGCCGGAUGAUUUUCCACCGAAUAUGUAUAGAACGGUUCUAGAUAUUUAUACUGAAGAACAAAAAAUUUUGAUUUUGCAUAUAUUUUCUAAGAUUAAUGGUUCUCAACUUUUCAAUAAUAAAACAGCUAGUGAUGGCAUCGAAGAACCUAUAAUGAUCGGUCCGAUGCUUCAAGCAUUAGGAUUUACUGUAGACAACUGUCCUCCUGGUGUUGGUGUUUAUCAAUUUGAAGGCUAUAAAAUACCAAAAGACAACUUGCCAGAUGAUUUUCCAUCCAAUAAUUAUAAAGUCUCUAUAGAAAUCUUCUAUGGAGAACAAAAAAUUAUUAUUGUCGAGGUACUGAUGGUUAAGGGAGAUUUCGAUGAUGUAUUUGUGGAAGAUGUGAAUAAUCCUUUUUACAAUGAAGAAUACGUGACAGAACCUGAUAUUUUUCUUGACAAUGACAAUAAAAUAGUUCUCAAUUUUUCAAUUAUAAAACAGCCUCCAGAAGGAACCCAAGGGCAUUUCAUAAUACAACGAGCAUCCAUAGGUGAGUAUGUUGUGGACACUGGAAUCGAUGUAACGAUGGAUUUAUGUAAUUGCUUCGAAGAACUUAUUAUGAUUGGUCCAAUUUUUCGCGCAUUAAGAUUUACUGCAGACAACUGUCCUCCUGAUGUUGGUGUUUAUCAAUGUGAAGGUUAUGAAGUUCAAAAAGACACAUUGCCAGAUGAUAUUCCACCUUAUAAUUAUAAAGUUACUCUAGAAAUAUUCUAUGAUGAUGAAAUGAUAAUCAUUCUUGAGGGAUUCGCUAAAGUUACGUGA